CUUUUAUAGAGUUUGCAUAAUAGCAGUUAUGCAACUGCUACCAAAAGGUCAAGAAGAAGUUUAACAGCACGGGGCUUCUCUCUCUCAGGGAUUCACUUUGGAUUUAUCUGUGCCAUGGGGAAAAGCUGCCGAGUCAGCAAGCUGUGCAUCCUGUUCGUGGUCUUAGCUUUGGUCUCCGUGGCAACCAUUGUCACGUUGUGGACUAUUGCCCUGACAGGAGGAGGUGAUGGUGAUAAGGUCAUAGCUCCUUGGGACAGCUAUCGUCUGUCCACUGAUUUGGUCCCUGACUACUACAACAUCAGCCUGUGGCCUCGUCUCAGCCCUGAUCCAAACACUGGCCUCUACAUUUUUACAGGCCGGUCCACUGUGGAGUUUGAGUGUGUGAAGGAAAGUGAUCUGAUCCUGAUCCACUCCAACAAACUCAACUACACUAAACUGGAUAACACACGCAACGCUAGGCUCAGUGCUUCAGGUGGUGGAUCUGCUCCCACUAUUAAGUCCAUCUGGCUGCAGCCUAAAACCCAGUAUCUGGUCAUUGAGCUUACCAGUAAAUUAACUCAAGGACAGAAGUAUCAGCUUUACACAGAGUUCACUGGAGAACUAGCUGAUGACUUAGCAGGCUUUUACAGGAGUGAAUAUGAAGAAGAUGGAGUGAAAAAGAUUGUUGCCACCUCUCAGAUGCAUCCAACUCAUGCCAGAAAGACGUUCCCUUGUUUCGAUGAGCCAGCUAUGAAAGCUGUUUUCUACAUAACUCUCAUCCACCCCCCUGGAACUGUAGCCCUGUCCAAUGGCAUGGAAAAUCAUAUUGUUAACAUCACUAUUAAUGGAGUAGCUGUGACACAGACCACGUUUGAGCCCACCAAAAAAAUGUCCACCUAUUUACUGGCCAUCAUUGUCUCUGACUAUGGACACAUCAAGGCUACACAAGGAGACACUCUGAUCCGUAUCUUUGCUCGUAGGACGGCCAUUGACCAGAGACAAGGAAACUACGCCCUCAAUGUGACUGGACCCAUACUGGACUUCUUUCAGUUGUACUAUAACACCACUUAUCCUCUGAGCAAGUCAGAUCAAAUUGCUCUGCCAGACUUCUAUUUCGGUGCGAUGGAGAAUUGGGGUUUGGUGACGUACAGAGAAACCCACCUUCUCUAUGACCCUGUGACCUCCUCCAACAGAAAUAAAGAGACCACUGCCAGCAUCAUUGCUCAUGAAUUAGCACACAUGUGGUUUGGAAACCUGGUGACUCUGCGCUGGUGGAACGAGGUCUGGCUGAAUGAGGGCUUUGCUUCAUACGUGUCUUACCUGGGAGCAGACUGCGCUGAGCCUGCAUGGAACGUGAAAGAUUUGAUAGUGCUUGAUGACGUCCACCGCGUGUUUGCAGUCGAUGCUUUGACCUCCUCUCAUCCUCUGUCUUCUAAAGAAGACAGCAUCAUCCUUCCAGACCAGAUCACUGAGCAGUUUGAUGUCAUCUCAUACAGCAAGGGUGCAGCAGUGUUGAGGAUGCUGUCUGAUUUCCUCUCAGAGCCUGUCUUUGUCCAGGGACUAAGCAGCUACCUUAAUUACUUUGCCUACAGUAACACAGUAGGGAAUGACUUGUGGGAUCAUCUACAAAUGGCGGUGAAAGCCAAUAAUGUUUCACUUCCUCGUCCAGUCUAUGUAAUCAUGAACCACUGGGUGCUCCAGAUGGGCUUCCCUGUGGUUACCAUAGAUACUGCCAGAGGAGAAGUUUCCCAGAAGCACUUUCUGCUGGAUCCACAGUCUAAUGUCACAGUGGAAUCACCUUACAACUAUGAGUGGCUGAUUCCUGUUAGGUGGAUGAAGUCGGGUGUGGUUCAGAGUGGUAUCUGGUGGCUGAUGGAAUUGGAAGCUGAAAACUUGGACAUGAGGGUGCAUGACAGUGCUGAUUGGGUUCUGGCUAACAUCAAUGUCACCGGAUAUUACCGGGUAAACUAUGACCUUGGAAACUGGGAAAGAUUGUUGAUUCAGCUGAAAUCUGAGCACAAGAUUAUACCCUUGAUAAACAGAGCCCAGCUUGUGGAUGAUGCUUUCAAUUUGGCCAGGGCUCAGGAAGUCACCACUACCCUGGCUCUGAGGACAACCUCCUAUCUGUCUAUGGAGACAGAAUACAUGCCCUGGCAGUCAGCUCUGGAUAAUCUCAACUAUUACUACCUCAUGCUGGACCGUACUGAAGUCUAUCAGCCCAUGCAGGACUACAUGAAGACGCUGGUAACUCCCCUCUUCCUGUACUUUAAGAACGUGACAUCAGACUGGGCCAAUGUUCCUGACAAACACACCGACCAGUAUAACCAGGUGAAUGCCAUCCGUAUGGCCUGCAGGACUGGAUUAACAGAAUGCCAGAAACUGACCAACACAUGGUUCAAACAAUGGAUGCAGAGCCCUCAUGACAAUAUGAUCGAUCCCAACCUGCGUUCAGCAGUGUACUGCAGUGCCAUAGCAGCAGGUGAUGAGGCGGAGUGGAACUUUGGCUGGUCACAGUUCAAGAGCGCUACGUUAGCCAGUGAGGCCAGCAAACUUAUGUCUGCACUGGCCUGCACCAACAAGACAUUGCUGCUGGAAAGGUAUCUGUCUUACACCUUGAACUCAACUCUGAUCCGUAAGCAGGAUGCCACCUCCGUCAUCACAUAUGUUGCCAGUAACAGAGUGGGACAGAACCUGGCAUGGGACUUUGUCAGGGAACAGUGGGAGUACAUGUUCACACAAUACGGUGUGGGCUCUUUCAACUUUGCCUCUCUGAUCAGUGGCGUCACACAGAGGUUCUCGACACCUGCUGAACUAGAACAGUUGGAGAGGUUUGUGGAUGAGCAUAAAACAGCAGGGUUUGGCACUGCCACGCUGGCUGUGGAGCAGGCCUUGGAGAAGACCAAGGCUAACAUCAACUGGCUGCAAGAGAACAAGCAGCAGAUUCUGGACUGGUUCAACAGUCAGGCCAAACACACGCAAUAACACUCUGCGCUGCAGUGUGUGAGGUUUUCAUUUGGUAACCAUUUUGUUAGUGCAUGCUCAGACUGCCUUUGUUAUAAUAAACAAACUGAGUGUUUACUAAAAGACCAAAUGCAGAACUGACUCCUUAAUGUCCUUUCACCUGAACAUGGCGUAUAUGUCUUGAGUUGUUGCAACAUUUUUAAUACAUCUCUAUAAAAUCCUCAU